AUGUAUGGAUGCGCUACUGCAAUAAUGCUUGGAGUAGACUCUUUUCUUAAAGCUAAACCAGUAUUUUUAAUACUGCUAUUUUUAAAGGAACAUUUAUUGAAAGAAGUUCUAGUAGAGAGAGAAAUAGCUGCAAACCACAACUCUCUGUCUGAGAGCAACACUUCCAACAGAAUCCGUGCUAUUCCAGCUAAUUCUGGAUAUGCCACUUCUGUGUGGCUGUCAGCUAGACCAGUAAUUUGUAGCUACUAA